GAAUUUCCUCAUUCAACAUCAAUAUUCAAGAUGUUGGCUAUGGUGAAUAAGGUUCUCGACUGGAUUCGCAGUCUUUUUUGGAAAGAGGAGAUGGAGUUGACACUUGUUGGGCUCCAAAACUCUGGAAAAACGACAUUUGUCAAUGUUAUUGCUAGCGGCCAAUUCACAGAAGAUAUGAUCCCAACAGUCGGAUUCAAUAUGCGGAAGAUCACCAAAGGCAACGUGACGAUCAAAUUAUGGGAUAUCGGGGGCCAGCCACGGUUCCGCUCGAUGUGGGAACGAUAUUGCCGCGGUGUCAACGCCAUCGUCUUCAUGGUGGACGCUGCCGACGAGGAGAAGCUCGAAGCAUCCAGAAAUGAGCUUAUGCAGCUGUUGGACAAGCCACAGCUCGACGCUAUUCCAGUUUUGGUGCUCGGAAACAAGAAGGAUUUGCCUGGAGCACUUGAUGAGCGGCAAUUGAUCGAAAGAAUGAAUCUGUCAUCAAUCCAGAAUCGCGAGAUUUGCUGCUAUUCUAUUUCAUGCAAAGAGAAGGAGAAUAUUGAUAUCACCCUCCAAUGGCUCAUCGAUCACUCGAAAGCUCAACGCUAAACUAGGCACAAUCCACGACUCAAUCUACUCGAAAAUUUACAAUUCACACCGCAAAAUAUAUUAAAUCAAACCUUUUUUUUUUGAAAAUUCUGUAGAUAUUAUUUAUUUGAAUCCCCUCCCCUCCAUAUUCAACUAAUCUCUCUCGUCUUUUUCAUCACAAUUGUAGUCAAUUUCCCCAACCCAUUCGCUCCCAGUUUUAUUUCUUUGGUAGCUUUCACUGUGGGAUGUUCAUCAUCCCCAUUCAAAAGUUGUGAAAUUUCCCUCCAAUUUUAUGUACAUGUUGUGUAUCACUUUUUUGGACAUUUUGCAACACCACUGCAACCAUUCUCAUUAUUUUUUACAAAUGUGCUUAAUUCCUUAACUCUUCUUCACUCUUUUUCAUAAAUUGAAAAUUUA